AUGAAUUUAAAGAAUCUGUUUCAAGAUUUUAAUCCCAGCAAAUUUGUCGUGUUCACUUGCUUGUUAAUCUUCACCAUUCUGUUCUCCUUACGCCUUGACAACAACAUUAAAUGGAGCUACUGGUUUGUCUUUUUACCUAUAUGGGUUUGGAAAGUGUUGGUUGUGAUCGGUGCAUUUAUUGGUGGCUCAGUGUGGUUCAGAAACCCACUUUACAGAUCAGAAACAGGAAGUUGCAAUCAGUUCAAAGCUAUGGUUCUGUCUUGUGGAGAACAUUUGGCUCUUCUUAUGUUUGAGCUACUAGUUGUUGUCAAUCUGGAAUCUGGAGGUCAUGAGUGGCUGCUUGUAUUCAUCCCAUUGUUCAUUCUGUCAAUAUUCUGUAUAGGAGCUUGUAUUUGGUGUGUUAAGAAUGACCGAACCUGUGAGUUGGAGCUAUUUUGUGCAGUCAAUAUAUUACAGUUUAUAUUUUUGGCUCUUCGUCUUGACAACAUCAUUGUGUGGAGUUGGGUGAUUGUGUUCAUUCCUAUUUGGAUUAUCAUGUGUAUAGCAGUGAUUGGUGUACUCUACGCUGUUGCACUUGCCAUCAUUGUACUGCGCUCUCCUGACAUUCUAAGUGAACAGAGACGUGGAAAUGUUUCCACAGCCAUUGGUUACUCAUUCCUUGUUAUCCCACUGCUGGUUUUUGAGAUACUGCUGGUGAAUCGUUUAGACCACGUUAAUGAAUUUGAGUUCAUUACUGUUUCCAUUCCAUUGGUAAUUUCUCUUGUGUCACUAAUGUGUCUCUCAUUUGGAGCAAAGGGGGGCAAUUGCUGGUGGUUUGGCAUACGCAAGGACUUCUGCCAUUUCUUGCUAGGUGUGUGCCCAUGUCUACAAGAAUAUGGAAACAUAUCAUAUUCCAUUCAGAAUAAUGAUAAUGAGCCUCAGCCACGGAUACCUGAUGAAAGUAGAUCAAAUUCAAAUUUUGGUCAGACAGAGCUGAAAACAAAGGUGAAAGAAAAAAGUGAUCAGUCAAGUUCAGUUGUUCCUGUUUUAUCUAUAGAAGUACCAGAUUAA